GUGCGUGCGUGCGUGCGUGCGUGCGUGCGUGCGUGCGUGCGUGCGUGCGUGCGUGCGUGCGUGUGUGUGUGUGUGUUUCAGGUGGUCUCCAUGGGCUUCUACCUGGGGGAACAGACCUAUCUGAGGAGCAGCUGGAACGUCCUGGAUGGCUUCCUGGUGUUCGUGUCCCUGAUUGACAUCGUGGUGUCCAUGGCAGGCGGGGCGAAGAUCCUGGGCGUGCUCAGAGUGCUCCGGCUGCUGCGGACACUGCGCCCCCUCAGGGUGAUCAGCCGGGCUCCGGGCCUCAAGCUGGUGGUGGAGACGCUGAUCACGUCCUUGAAGCCCAUCGGGAACAUCGUCCUCAUCUGCUGCGCAUUCUUCAUCAUCUUCGGCAUCCUGGGAGUACAGCUGUUCAAAGGGAAGUUUUUCUACUGCUUCGGACUUGACGUCAGGAACAUCACCAACCGAUCCGACUGCCUGCAGGCCAACUACAAGUGGGUCCACCACAAGUACAACUUUGACAACCUGGGACAGGCCCUCAUGUCCCUGUUCGUGCUGGCAUCCAAGGAUGGCUGGGUGAACAUCAUGUACCACGGACUGGACGCGGUGGGGGUGGACCAGCAGCCGGUGACCAACAACAACCCCUGGAUGCUGCUGUACUUCAUCUCCUUCCUGCUCAUCGUCAGUUUCUUUGUCCUCAACAUGUUCGUGGGCGUGGUAGUGGAGAACUUCCACAAGUGCCGGCAGCACCAGGAGGUGGAGGAGGCGAAGCGCCGAGAGGAGAAGCGCCAGCGACGCAUGGAGAAGAAGAGGAGGAAUGCCCAGAAGCUUCCGUACUACUCGAGCUACAGCAGAGUCCGUCUGAUGGUUCACACCCUGUGCACCAACCACUGGCUGGACCUCAUCAUCACCUUCAUCAUCUGUUUCAACGUCAUCACCAUGUCUCUGGAGCACUACAGCCAGCCCCGUUCUCUGGACCUGGUCCUGAAGUACUGUAACUAUUUCUUCACCUCCACCUUUGUUCUCGAGUCGAUCCUCAAACUCAUCGCUUUCGGCUUCCGCGGCUUCUUCAAAGAAAGGUGGAACCAGUUGGACCUGGCCAUCGUGCUGCUGUCUGUGAUGGGCAUCACUCUGGAGGAGAUCGAGAUCAGCUCCGCUCUGCCCAUCAACCCCACCAUCAUCAGGAUCAUGAGGGUGCUGCGCAUCGCACGAGUGCUGAAGUUACUGAAGAUGGCCACUGGAAUGCGCGCCCUGUUGGACACAGUAGUUCAAGCCCUGCCUCAGGUGGGUAACCUGGGCCUGCUCUUCAUGCUGUUGUUCUUCAUCUACGCCGCCUUGGGGGUGGAGCUAUUUGGAGAGUUGGUGUGCAAUGAGGACUACCCGUGUGAGGGGAUGAGUCGUCACGCCACCUUUGAGAACUUCGGCAUGGCGUUCCUCACCCUGUUCCAAGUCUCCACCGGGGACAACUGGAACGGCAUCAUGAAGGACACGCUGCGAGAGUGCCCGCCGGACCACAGCGGCGUUCCCGGCGGUAUUGCCGGGGGCGCCGGGGGUGUGGCCGGCGUGGACUACGCAUGCAACCCCAGCCUGCAGUUCAUCUCUCCGCUGUACUUCGUCUCCUUCGUGCUAACCGCCCAGUUCGUGCUCAUCAACGUGGUGGUGGCCGUGCUGAUGAAGCACCUGGACGACUCCAACAAAGAGGCCAAGGAGGAGGCGGAGAUGGACGCUGAGAUCGAGCUGGAGCUGGCCCAGGGCACCCUCUGCUGCAUGGGCACGCCAGGGUGUGGCGGCGGGGGCGGGAGUGCCCCCCCGGAGAAGGUCUGCCCCGGGGGGAAGGACAGAGGGGGGGGGAGGGGGGGCGCCGGGGCGGAGGGACGACGAGGGCGGAGGCAGGAAGACGGCCCGUCACCGCGGCACCGCGCCCCCCCCGCAGCACGGACCCCUGGGCUCCUCCCACUCCAGCCAGAAGCAGUACUCCCCGGCUCAGGAGAGCCAGUGGCUGGACAGCGUGUCUCUGCUCAUCAAGGACUCCCUGGAGGGCGAGAUGCAGAUGAUUGACAACCUGUCGGGCUCUGUCUUCCACCACUACUCCUCCCCGCCCCCCGUCUGCCGGGACUGCAGGGUCCGCACGCAAGAGCAGAUCCAGAUGGCGGAGAUCGAGCAGGCCUCCCUGAGGUCGGAGCCGCAGUCUGACAAGUCGUCGUCGCCCCCCCCCCCUCCCUGACGACCUCAGCCUGGAGGAAGGCGCCGGC